CAUCACCGCCUUGGAGGAGUCGUGUUCGAUCUUGAUCUUCCUCUGAUCGUCCAUUACACAUACUUAGAGUCAUCUUUGCAUUCAUCAUAAAUCACAGAUUGCCUGCCCUGCCUGUUUCUUCACUAGUUACUUGCUCCGACGAAAUCGAAUCCAAUCCUGUCCGGAUCCCUUUUCCCGGCGUCUAUCCGAUUUGCAAGAGCUUCCUGCGGCUCCCACCGUGGUUCAACGGUGAGGGUCCCUGCACUAUUCCCUUGCUAUGUAAACUGCCACCAAGAAAGAGCAUCGGAGCAGUGGGUGAAAACCUUUUCUGCGCCUCGAAGCAGACCACGGCAGGCCUUUCCACGACCUGCAGAUCCUGGAAGUGCGUUAUCAACUAAUUGCUAGCCGCUGCAGUGGAGGGGACGGUACGAAGCCCGUGAGCAUCUGCUCCUGCAGCUACCCUGGGACUGCCACUCAGAAUGUCUGCUUAGGGCAUCCGGGUACGCGUAUCGAGCUUCCGCAAGCACUUUCGCGCUCAUCAUUCUCGAUCCGUCACUGGCCUUGCUUUAAUUGAUCUUCAUAUGACCUCGACGUUCUUCGCCCAGGUACGGUUUUCUAGUCCAACAAUCCAGCAUUUCAGAUCCCGUGAUCUCGCACUCCGGUCACGACAAUUUCUCUACUGCGUAUCCCUAGAUUGAGCUCCAAAUCGUCGACAUGGGCUCUGAUCAGCCUGAGGAUUUCUGGCUGUUUGGCUACGGGAGUCUGAUAUGGAAGCCUCCUCCACACUUCGGUAAGAUCCUAUGCGAACACUGACGUUGCAAUGUGCUCGAGGUUCAUGAGGAUAGAUCGACGCAUUCCGGGUUAUAUCAAAGGCUAUGUCCGUCGAUUCUGGCAGGCCAGGUGAGUACUCUCGAACAAGUCUCACGGUCGGGGUUGAAGUCUUUCUUAGUGAAGACCAUCGAGGUACUCCAGAUGCUCCUGGAAGAGUGGCCACGUUGAUCCAAAGAUCCUUUUGGGAAACGCUUGACGAUCCUCAACGUCAGACCGAAGAGGAUUAUGUCUGGGGAGUGGCGUACCAUAUCAUUCCGUCAAAGGUCAAAGAAGUGAAGGAGUAUCUUGACAUUCGCGAGAUCAACGGGUACAGCAUCCAGUAUACACCAUUCCACCCCGCAGACACAAGGCUAUCAGAUCUUCAUUGCCUGGUGUACAUCGGCAUGCCCGACAACCCCCAAUUCUUGGGUGCCCUUCAACCUCAAGAGAUCGCCGAGACCAUCAACGUGAGCAUCGGCCCAAGUGGUGAAAACAGAGAAUACCUCUUGCACCUCGAAAAGGCUUUGGAAGAUCUGAGCGUCGACAGCUACGAUGAACACAUUACCGACCUUGCCAGGCGUGUCCGUGCACUGGCUCCGCCGAGCCGCUCGUCACAACCUCCCGUUGCAUCAGAUGCGUUGAGGAAGGUCAGCAGUACCGAAGAGCAAGAGGAGAUCGAGAAGGAAGUAUGAUUGGGCACUCAUUACAAGAAAAUCGUUCGGCAAAUUUUGCAGGCCUGGACAGCAACGCUCUUAAUACAAAUUUGAAAAUUACGAAAAUCUCGACGCCCCGUUAGACGCGUUCUGAAUUGACUUGACGGACGAACUCGAUGGGUAUCUCCAUGCAAUCAUUUCCCGGCCGUGAAAAGGCGCUCAUUCUAACGACGAUAGGGUCCUUGAGGCCCGUAAGGAUCGCUUGGCCCUUGCGACUGUCCUCCACCGUAUUGGCCUGGUCCGCCGGGUUGCUGGUAUCGAGGAUCGUACUGUCCGUACUGAGGAGCGUACGUUGCACCACGUCCAUAUGGCAUCGGGUUCGGGUUUCGCGCUUGGGCUCCCAUUUGUGAAUAUCCCCCCGGCGCAGCGGGUGACGGUGUGUAUCCACCUCUUCCAGAAAAGCCGCCACCUCGACCUGAGCCGCCCGCCCUGUUGUCUUGCGCAUGGUCUACUCGAAUGAUGCGACCAUCGAACCUGGUCAGGAGGUUAGCAAUGAGGCCGCCGUGACAUUGGUCCGCCACCUCACUCAGUGUUGUUCAUCUUCUCGAGCGCCAGGUCGGCUUCGUCCUUGGUUUCGAAUCGCACAAAGCCGAAUCCGCGGCUUCGGUUGGUAUCUCGGUCUUUGACGACGACCUGGAAAACAUCAGUAGCCGGACAUGGAGGCUUCCAGCAGCGGCAAUACAGCUUCCUCCACCUUUCCGAAUUGCUGAAACCCCUCUUGCAGAGUCUCGUCGGUUGUGUGCCAGGCAAGGCCCCUGCGAACGUCACUGUUAAUACGAGUUUCCACGAGGUGUCUAUUAGGCCACGGUACCCGAUGAAGAGCUUCGCCAUGCUGCAGUCGACAGGCGCAGGACAGAUAGGUCUGCGUCGAGAUGAAUUGACGCCCUCGAAAGUAAGGUCCGACGGCGGUCUGUGAUCCCUUGGGUACACCGCACGAGGCCAGAGUGGUGUAAGGUGAAGAAUAGUCAGGCUUUUGCCUGUCUCGAGGAUUUUAUUGGUCGAAAAAUUGCAACGGUUCAUGCAAUCUAUGACUUAGAUCAUAUGCAUGCUAGGCCCCAAUCAAGGAUCUUGCAUCAACACCGAGAUUCCUCGAGGUUUGGGCACGCGAAAGAAAGAGAACAGCAGGAGACCAUUGCACUCCGUAAGGCGGACGAGGACGGCAUGAGUUUUAAGUUCCGAAAAGUACUAAAUGCUUCCACGUGGGAUCUUGCAAUGGGACUGUCAAACUCCGCAGAGGCAGGGCGGUCACCAGAAGUUUGACAGAUAGAUGGUUCCCAGCAAGCGGUCUAGAUGACGAGGAUCGUCGACGCAAAAUAAUCCAUCCUCGUCCCAGGGACAAUUACUAGCGACACGAAGCAGCAAAAGCCCGCAAAAGCAUGAACCAUGAGUGUGUGGAGUCUGCUGCUCUACCAUGCGGUGAACCGCUGCAGGCUCCUUGUGAUCCUGUGAUGUAAGAAUGGCCGGUUCCAGUCAACGGUGGUGUCGAUAUGGGUGCUGAUACGGUGAGGUCUUCGGAAGGCAUUUGGCACGGCGGGUGAAAAGUGGGCCUAAUCCAAAGAGUACCCCCAGGGAGCACCGGCAGCCUGUCGCCGCUGUCGGCAAGGAAGUCUACACAAACCUUGUUCCUUGAGAAUACGAUCGGAUUCCCUUAUCUCUGGAUAAGGACGGCAUGUCAGCCUUAUUGUAGGGUACAGGGUAUCUAUGAUUCGGAUACGAGAACAUGUUCGCGAACGGGGCCAGAAAACCAGCAUCAAGCCACCACGGUGCUGAAAAGGUCCGACGGUGGGACGUGAAGAUGAGGGUACUGUCCUCCCCACGGCUUCUACUCUUCUUUUUAUGUUCUAAGCGAUGUCCGUUGUGAUCAAUAUCGAGCAUCACGCGGCCGGAAUGGAAGCGAUGGAAACAGGUCGAGAGGCAAACUCAAAAUGGCAGGGACCGCUGAUUUCUAGGACAAGAAAAGAUUGUGACUGGUGGCAAGGGGCUUGAAAGCAUUGUGAGCGGCCUAAUUAGGUUGUCGAACCGCAAUUGCCUGGAAAUGGUUACUGGAGACUCGAAGUGGAUGGUCUUAUCGGAGGUUUGACUUGGCACAUUCUGCGGAAAGCACCCCGCUGCGCUGGGAGAGAGAUAUUCACAUCGGAGCGCUCGCAAGACGUGACAGCCUCUAGCAGUUGGGGCCACCAGGGCACGCAGAAGGUUCCCUACUGCACAGAACGAUGGUCAUCCAACUACCGCAACCUGUAGGAUUGUGUGCUGAGGGAGCAACAAGAAUGGCUCGGUGUGAGUGGUGACGGCAAAGCGGUGGAGGACCUGACGGGGCGCAUUCCAGCGGUUGGAGUGGAAGAUUCGGCUGGAGAAAGUGAAGGUAUGAUGCAGGCUCCCGAGGGCUGGGGGGGUCGACAUGAAUACGAUACAGAGUCGAAGCGGUCUCUGAGUGGCUGCUUGGAGAUCUGGAGGGUGGUGAGGGAACCCCAUGAGGGAACGACUGAGGACGGUGGUUCGUUCGAUGAAGACACACUGCAGGAAGACUAAUACAGCGAUAAAAGCCGGGCCUAAGCAGCAAAGGGAGAAGCCUCAGUAGCCCGACAACUUGGCUCUUC